AUGGGGCUCAGCGGUGUCCGGCUGCUCCCCGCCUUGGUUGUCCUCUGUGCUCCCGUGAGUGCCGCAGUUGGAGCCCACAGUCUUCAUUAUAACCUCACAGUGAGAUGUCAAGGUGGAUCUGUGCUCUCAAGGUUCUUUGUUCAGGGUCGCUUGGAUGAUCAGCCCUUCCUGUGCUAUGACAGUGAGAAAGGCAGCGUAGUGCCCUGUGCACUGUGGGCAGAAACAGUCCUGGGACCAGAGACUUGGGACACAGAGACCCAGGACUUGGCAGAGAGUGACAAGAAUCUUAGGGUGACCCUAGCAGAUAUCAACUUCCUGAAAGAGAAGAAAGGAGAGAUGCGCAGCUGGACGGUACAGCCAUCCUCAGCUCAGAUUGUGGCUAUGAAAGUCAAGAAUUCCUGGGAUGAAGACGGCAUUCAAAGCAAGGCUCAAUGGGCCCAUGUGCAGGGAACAGUUUGUGGAAGACUCCGAAGAUAUCUGAACUCCUGGAUAGCCUUCAAUGAAACUACAGUGUCCCCAACAGUGAAUGUAACCUGUGAUGAGGUCUUGGAAGACACCAUCUUUGUGACCUGUUGGGCUUUGGGCUUCUAUCCCCAGAAUAUCUCUCGGACCUGGCUUCAGGAUGGGGAACCCCUGAGCCAGGACAUACAGAAGUCUGGGAGUAUCCUGUCCUAUGGGAAUGGAACCUACCAGACCUGGGUGUCCACCAGGAUUCCCCAAGGACAGGAGCAGAGGUUCAACUGCCACAUGGGACACAGCGGGAAUCACAUUACUGGCACUGUGUCUUGUGGUGAGCCUGGGAGUCCCAGAAGAGGUUCCCAGCAAGGGACUGCACUGCUGCUUCGGAGCCGAUGGCCUGCCAUUCUGGCUGCUGUUGUUAGUGCUGCGUUCUUCUUCAUUUGGCUCCCUUUGGUGCAAGGAGAGGAGAACAACAUCAGCUACAGAGGGUUCAGCCUGAGCAGACUGCCCCAGAGCAUGGACCCAAUGAAGGUGACUCCUCCAAUAGGGAAAUAA